UGGGGAGAGGGGGGUGGCUGGAAGUAGGGUGAGAAAAAGUGAGUCAGGCCGGGUUCCCAGGACAUGCAUGGGCACUGUGCCCCUGCCGUGGCUGUGAAACAACUGGCUGCCCCUGAGACUUCCGUGAAGGUUGCGUGGGAUCAGGAGAAGGGGGUCAGAGGGCUGUCAGCCGAGGGGCCUGGCAGAGGCCGGCGAUAACAGCUGGCUAGGGAGGGCGGGAGCAGCUGCGGCAGGAGGAGGAGGAGCCGGAACCCUGCACCGAGAGGCAGCCGGCUGCGUUUGGAGCCAGAGUGCCUGCAGGCUGUGGCUCAGGUGACCAGCCUUUGUCUCCGGAGCCUGCUGGGACACUGCGAUGAUCCAGAAUGUGGGGAGCCACCUGCGGAGGGGCUUUGCCUCCGUGUUCUCGAGCCGCACAUCCCGGAAGUCGGUCUCCCACGCGAGGGACGAGGACACCAUGGCAGACAGCGAGGACGACCGGAACCCCACGGAGGUACAGAUGAGCCAGCUGGUGCUGCCUUGCCAUACCAACCAGCGCGGCGAGCUGAGUGUCGGGCAACUGCUCAAGUGGAUCGACACCACGGCCUGCCUGUCUGCUGAGAGGCACGCGGGCUGCCCCUGCGUCACAGCCUCCAUGGACGACAUCUAUUUUGAGCACACCAUUAGUGUCGGACAAGUGGUGAACAUCAAGGCCAAGGUGAACCGGGCCUUCAACUCCAGCAUGGAGGUGGGAAUCCAGGUGGCCUCCGAGGACCUGUGCUCUGACAAGCAGUGGACUGUGUGCAAGGCCCUGGCCACCUUUGUGGCCCACCAGCAAUUGUCCAAGGUGAAGCUGAAGCAGAUCACCCCGCGCACAGAGGAGGAGAAGACGGAGCACAGCGUGGCUGCAGAGCGCCGACGCAUGCGGCUGCUCUACGCUGACACCAUCAAGGACCUCCUGGCCAACUGCACCAUUAAGGACGACCCUGAGAGCAAGGACUGUAGCCGUAUGGUGCCGGCCGAGAAGACCCGGGUGGAGAGUGUGGAGCUGGUCUUGCCACCCCAUGCCAAUCACCAGGGAAACACUUUUGGGGGCCAGAUCAUGGCCUGGAUGGAGAAUGUGGCCACCAUUGCAGCCAGCCGCCUCUGCCGGGCCCACCCCACGCUGAAGGCCAUCGAGAUGUUCCACUUCCGGGGCCCAUCCCAGGUCGGGGACCGCCUUGUGCUCAAGGCCAUCGUGAACAACGCCUUCAAGCACAGCAUGGAGGUGGGCGUGUGUGUGGAGGCCUAUCGCCAGGAGGCCGAGCCCCGCUGGCGGCACAUCAACAGUGCCUUCAUGACCUUCGUGGUCCUGGACACAGACGAUCAGCCCCAGAAGCUGCCCUGGAUCCAGCCCCAGCCUGGGGAGGGUGAGCGGAGGUAUCGAGAGGCCAGCGCCAGGAAGAAGAUCCGCCUGGACAGGAAGUACAUCGUGUCCUGUAAGCAGGCGGAGGUGCCCCUCUCUGUCCCCUGGGAUCCUAGCAACCAGGUAUACCUGAGCUACAACAACGUGUCCUCCCUAAAGAUGCUCGUGGCCAAGAGCAACUGGGUGCUGUCCUCGGAGAUCAGCCAGGUCCGCCUGUACACCCUGGAGGAGGACAGGUUCCUGUCCUUCCACCUGGAGAUGGUGGUGCACGUGGAUGCUGCCCAGGCCUUCUUGCUGCUCUCGGACCUGCGACGGAGGCCAGAGUGGGACAGGCACUACCGGAGUGCGGAGCUGUUGCAGCAGGUGGACGAGGACGAUGCCAUCUACCAUGUCGUCAGCCCUGGCCUCGGCGGCGACACCAAGCCCCAGGACUUUGUGAUCCUGGCCUCGCGGCGGAAGCCUUGUGACACCUGGGAGCCCUACAUCAUUGCGCUGAGGUCGGUCACGCUGCCCACACACCCUGAGGUGCCUGAGUACCGCCGCGGGGAGACACUGUGCUCAGGCUUCUGCCUGUGGCGCGAGGGGGACCAGAUGACCAAGGUGUCCUACUACAACCAGGCUACCCCUGGCUUUCUCAACUACGUGACCACCAAUGUGGCCGGCCUAUCCUCAGAAUUCUACUCCACAUUCAAGGAGUGUGAGCACUUCCUCCUGGACAACCGGAAUGACCUGGCCCCCAGCCUCCAGACCCUAUAGGUGUCCACCCUAUCCUGCCCAAGGACUCAUACACAGAGCAAGGAGGAAGGUUUAUUCAUCCUGCCUCCCUCGAGAAGCCUCAGCCCAGCACUGCCAGGCAAUCAGUUCCUGCCAACAUCUGCCAGCAAGUUUUGGCGCUGGUCCUGGGGCAGCCUGUAGUAGACUCGGCUUCUGUCCUCAGCCCUGGCUGCCAGCAGCCCUACCUGCACAGCUGCAGGGCUGCUCCCGGCAUGGCUAUUUUGCAUGGUGACAGUGGCCCUGGGGGAGGUUGCCAGCAGCCUGGCCACUACUUCUGCCUUGCUUUGGCCCAGGGGCCCUGCCUCCAGCUGGAAGGACACAGGUUGCCAGAGCCCCUGACACAGCUCUAGCAUAUCUGUGACCUGCUGUUCCCCAUAGCCGCUAUCCAGCACCUCUUCAGGCCAGCCUGGGGCUACUGUCACAUGGGAGAAAAUGUCAGUUACAGCUGUGAUCAGCUCUCUGCCGUCCACGUGUCCAGGGACCACAAAACUGCCAUAUGAGACGGAUGCCCCAACCCACACAGGACGAGGCAGAUGGCCAAGGGAGGAGAGGUGUGCCAGUGUGGUCAGGACUGGCCGGAGGGCUGCAGGCUCUGCUAUGUUCACGUGGACACCCCAAUGUCCGGGGCGUGUGGCCAGCUGCAGCAGGGACGACUCCAGGGUCAGGGCAGGGUCACUGCGGGCAGCUAUGACAGGCACAGGAUUCCCGGCUGCAGCUCCUUGGAGGCUGACGUCCAGCAGGAUCAUGCCAUCUUUGUCUGCAAGAGGCAACAGGGGCUAGGUUGGGCCAUCAUGGGAUGUUAGAGACCCUUGCUAAAGGUGCAGUGGAGGGUUACAGGGACACCUAGGGAGGACGAAGAGCUGGUGCCACCUCUCAGGAAUCUGCUGCCUUGAUCUGGGCUCUGCAUACUAUUGCUGGUACUCACCAGACUCACAGUCAGCUGCUAGCUCAGCCCUUGGCCUUUGUGAAGCUCCGACCUGGGCCUGUACCCGGUCCUCCUAUAGCAUCUUGUGGCUAAGGACUGGAGGGCACUGGAUGAAGGCCAGGAGCACCCUCCCUCCCACCCUAUACUUUGUAUCCUGUACGUGGCUUACCUGGGCCUGUGUGGCCAUGAUAACGGACCCACAGUACUCUCUCAAGCAUAGGACACCCCCAGAGAUCAGCUAGGAGCACCAAGGCUGUCUCCACUUACCUGGGAGGGUAAGCUCUGCUGCUGUCCCAUUGCUGUGGACUUCUGGAACCAGCCACUCUAAGCUCAGACCAUCGCCCCCUAGUGGCUGGAGAAGAGGCUUCAGGCUGCCACCUGUGUAGUACUUCUGCUUCCUUGUGGCGUUCACUGUGGAGCCCCAGAGUACCCGGAUGAAGUGACUGCUGUUCACAGAGUGCCUUCUGUACGCCUGAGCCCAGACGUAUUCUAUUAAGCCUCAUCACAACCCACCAGAGGGCUGGGGAUUUAGCUCAGUGGUCUCGCUGCCUGCCUCGCAAGUGCAAGGACCUGAGUUUGAUCCCCGGUACCCCAAAACAAAACACCAGGUAGCUGCCAUUUCCCACUUCAGUAGAUUACAAAAUGGAGAUCUGCCUGAGACUCUGCAUUAGUGAGAGAGUUGGUGGGACUAGAGCCGCUUGUCCCCAAAGAUGACAUCCCUCCCUGUCACUGUGGCUCCCUUGACAGGAAGGUUAUCUGAUGGGACACCUUGGGGUGGCUUCACUGCGGGCUCUCUUAGGAGCUUCUGGAACAUGACAGCAGGCACAGGGAGAGGCUGUGCUCUCUGAAAAUAUUAGGGAGAGCAUGCAGGCUUUGCCCUUUGCUAAGUUCCCACCUGAACUGCCUUGAAAGAGCCUGGAGACUAUAAAUUCCUUAGCUGUCCUGAGCUGAAUGCCAGCUUCAUGGCUGUGUGAAGCUUUGAAGGUAUACCACCCACCCUAGGGUGAACACACACCACUACUCAAAAAGAUUUGCCUCGUCUUCUACCCAAGAUUCCUCGCUUCCCCUCGGCUCUGUCCCCGUGUCCACAAAGGGCUGCCCCGUGCAGUCAGCCCUUGUCCCGUUCCAGGCUCCCUCCUUACAGGCCUGCUGCUUGAACUGUGACAGGACAGGCUCGAAGAGAUCGUAGUAGACUUGGUGAGCCUCUGUGUUGUCCCGGAUAUAGAGGAGAUCAUCCACUGACACAGUGUCCACACUGCCCUGCCACAGUGUCAGGGUGUACCUGGGUUCAGAGAGCUGGGUCAGUGCCUUCCUGGGAGCUGGAACGCCCUUGGCCCCACGCCUGUUCUCAGAAUGGGGCCCUAGACAGGCCGAGGAGCAUCUAUCCUCCGGCCUGGCUUCCCACCAGCCCCUCCUUCCCUAAGCACCGGAGGUAGGUGGUGCCCAAGUGAAAGGCCUGCUUCUCAGUCCUGUCUUAGGAAAGGG